CUGCCCUGCUGAAGGCUGGCAUGGCACUGAGAACAGACAUGGUUCUCUGGCUGCUGGUGGUGGUGAUGAGGGGUAUGGCUGCUCCAGCCCCAAUCUGCUCUCUGCUGGGCCAACCCGCUCUGCCUCUCCUGUCUGCCGAGGGGGACAUGAACAUUGGGGCAGUGUUCGGUAUACAUAGGAAUGCCCUCUUCAAGGUCCAUUCGUUCACCUCCAGACCAGAGAAAACACCCUGUAUCAGUUUCAACCCACGUGAGUUCCAGUUUGCACAGACCCUGAUCUUUGCCCUGGAGGAGAUCAACAACAGCAGUGAUCUGCUCCCAGGACUGUCUCUGGGUUACCAGGUCUAUGACUCCUGCAGCUCUGCCACAAUGGGCAUCCACUCAGCUCUGGCCCUGAUGAACAGCCCUGGACCUGGGGACAGUCUGGGAGACCCCUCCUCCUGCUCCAGAUCUCCCGCCGUGUUGGGCAUUAUAGGGGAGUCAAGCUCCACAUCCACCAUCGGAAUAUCAUCCCUGGUCGGACCAUUCAGCAUCCCUGUGAUCAGCCACUUUGCCACCUGUGCUUGUCUGAGUAACAGAAAAAAGUUCCCCUCCUUCUUCAGAACCAUCCCCAGUGACUUCUACCAGAGCAGAGCCCUGGCAAAGCUGGUCAAACACUUUGGAUGGAACUGGGUGGGAGUGGUGAACAGCAACAAUGACUAUGGAAACAACGGCAUGGCCACAUUCAUGGAGGCAGCGUGGCAUGAAGGGGUCUGUGUAGAGUACCAAGAGUCUAUCCACCGCACAGACUCCCGAGAGAAGCACCUGGAAGUCGUCAAGGUGAUCAGGAAGGCCACAGCCAGGGUGGUGGUACUGUUCUUGACCUUGGGGGACCUCAUCCCCCUGCUGAACGAGUUGGCUCUGGAGGGAGACCCAGGGCUGCAGUGGGUGGGCAGCGAGUCCUGGAUCACAGCCAGACUGCUGGCGGAUAACAAGGCCUACGGCUUUCUGAGGGGGGCGGUGGGCUUUGCCAUCAGGAAUGCCAGGCUGGAUGGUCUGGAGGGGUUCCUAGACAAGGUGCACCCCUCCCAGGCGCCAGACAACACCCUGCUCAGGGAGUUCUGGGAGUCUGUGUUCCAGUGCUCCUUCGAGGGGGGCAGCAGCACGCUGUGCACAGGAACAGAGAGCUUAGCAAAGCUGAAGAACCAAUACACAGACGUGUCAGAGCUGAGAAUAUCGAGUAAAGUUUACACAGCUGUAUAUGCCAUUGCACACGCUCUACACAACCUACUGACAGACUUAAAGAAUGACACAGACAGCGGCAACAUACCAGUCUACACAUCACAGCAGCAGGUGCUACAGUACCUGAAGGAGGUGAGGUUUAGAGUAAAGACAGGAGAGGAGAUCUGGUUCGAUGCUAACGGAGAUGUGGUGGCGUGCUACGACCUAGUGAACUGGCAGCAGGAGGAGAAUGGGACCCUGCAGUUCCAUGCUGUGGGGCUGUAUGAUUCUUCGAUGCCCCCUGAACAGCGCAUUACCUUCAACAAGGGAAAACUGGUCUGGGCAGGGGGCCAGGCAGAGGCACCUGCAGGGGUGUGCAGUGAGAGCUGUCCCACAGGCACUCGUAAGGCUGUACAGAAAGGAAAGCCUGUAUGCUGUUAUGACUGUGUACCAUGUGCGGAGGGAGAGAUCAGUAACAUCACAGAUUCUAACGGCUGCUAUCGAUGUGACUUGGAUUAUUGGUCAAAUGAAAAAAGGGACCGCUGUGUGUUGAAACCAGUUGAAUUCCUCUCCUAUGAAGAAAUGAUGGGCAUAGUUCUGGUGUUUUUCUCUUUACUGGGGUCCGGUGUUACUACUCUGGUAGCUGUUGUGUUUUCAAUUCAUAAGGACACCCCCAUCGUCAGGGCCAACAACUCUGAGCUGAGCUUCCUGCUGCUCUUCUCCUUGACUCUGUGCUUUCUGUGUUCUCUUACUUUCAUUGGCCGGCCCUCUGAGUGGUCCUGUACGCUGCGCCACACAGCGUUUGGGAUCACCUUCGUCCUCUGCAUCUCUUGUGUCCUGGGGAAAACAAUAGUGGUGUUGAUGGCCUUCAGGGCUACACUUCCAGCCAGUAAUGUCAUGAAAUGGUUUGGUCCUCCACAGCAGAGACUCAGUGUUCUGGCUUUCACUCUCAUACAGGUUCUGAUCUGUGUCCUUUGGUUAACAGUCUCCCCUCCUUUCCCCUACAAGAACAUGAAGACCUAUAAGGAAAAGGUCAUUCUAGAGUGUGAUGUGGGUUCAGCUAUUGGUUUCUGGGCUGUGUUGGGGUAUAUAGGACUCCUGGCUCUCUUGUGCUUUGUGCUGGCUUUUAUGGCUCGAAAGCUGCCUGAUAACUUUAAUGAGGCCAAAUUCAUCACCUUCAGCAUGCUCAUAUUCUGUGCAGUCUGGAUCACCUUUAUCCCAGCUUAUGUCAGCUCUCCUGGGAAGUUCACUGUAGCUGUGGAGAUCUUUGCUAUUCUAGCCUCCAGUUUUGGUUUACUUUUCUGCAUAUUUGCUCCUAAAUGUUUCAUUAUAUUGCUCAGGCCAGAGCAAAACACCAAGAAACAUAUGAUGGGGAAGACAUCCAAUGACAUACGAUAUUAAAGAAACAUAUGAUAUGGAAGACAUCCAAUGACAUACGAUAUUAAAGCGACAUAUGAUAUGGAAGACAUCCAAUGACCUACGAUAUUAAAGAAACACAUGAUGGGGAAGACAUCCAAUGACAUACGAUAUUAAAGAAACAUAUUUUGGGAAAGGCGUCAACCAAAGCCCUUCAGGAUGAAUACUGACCAUUGACCUAUUCAAAGUCUUUCUAUAAUAAACACAGACACAUCAUUUCAAAGUCAGUCAUGGGUUAACCUCAUCCCCAGGCUCAAAUGAUACCAAAAAUUAGAGCCUGUAAACACUGUGCAAAGAAGUGGGACUUUAAAGGGGAAGGGUUCAAAUCAAGACAGGAGAGAGAGAUCCUGCUACAGUUUGACUUUGAAAACUGCAGAAAAUCUCGCAAUAAUCAUAUUACUUUUAGGAUGCCCCAACUGAUUCUGAGUUUGGGCAUAUUUAAUUUUUUAUUAAUUUCACCUUUAUUUAACCAGAUAGAUAGUUGAGAUCAAGUUCUCAUUUACAACUGCGACCUAGCCAGGAUUAAGCAAAGCAGCGUGACACAAACAACAACACAGAGUUACACAUGGAAUAAACAAACAUGGAGUCAAUAAUACAAUAGAAAUGGUCUAUAUACAGUGUGUGCAAAUGAGGUAGAAUAAGGGAGGAAAGGCAAUAAAUAGGCCAUAGUGGCGAAAUAAUUACAAUAUAGCAAUUAAACACUGGAGUGAUACAUGUGCAGAUGAUGAAUGUGCAAGUGGAGAUACUGAGGCGCAAAGUAGCAAAAUAUGAAGGUUACAUGUGAGAACUAGGUGCAAACUUUCUGAUUUCCCGAACUCACUUCCUUGUUAAGCCUAAUUCGUUUGUAGAGGGAAGGUUCUAAGGGUUAUGUUGGUUGGUGAUGGACUGAGAUAUCAACCAAUGUAAAUCCGCUCCUGCCAUGGACUCCAUUCCUGUCUCUUCAUGAGACAUUGUGAGAGACGGUUCGAAAGAGAAAGAGCCGGCUGGUGGAAAAGAUUUGUCAUGGGUACAUCGAUGUUCAAUAAGUCCAAUAAGUCCCGAACAAACAUCCAACAGCACAUUAUGCCAAGCAGCCAUAUCUACAUGGGUGUGGUCGCACAUUAUGAGAGCCAAGACAAUAAUGAAGCAGAAAGAAAAUCUCAUUUUUUGACAUAGCCGAUGUUUCUCACUGCUCUACCCCAGCGGCUACUGACAGCCUGGUGUGCUUCCACAGGCCCCCUCAGUGACCCCCUCAGUGACUGCUGCUGUCCAGUCCAGGUCCAGAUCAGGAGCCCACACACAAGCCCCUUACUGAGCCUCUGUCUCACAGGCCUGCUCUGGACAAGCAUGGUCUACUAUCUCAUCAAAAACAACAUUGACUUCUUAAACCUCUCCUCAUAGGCCUGUGGGCCACAACCCAAUGUGUGUCAAUACACCAAUGGGCAUGUGGCAUUGAUACCACCAUCAAUACAAAACAAGGUCUCAGUGAAAUGUGUUGUAAUGAAUAUAUGUCUGUACUGCAUGUAUGGUGUAUUGUAUUAGCUACCCUUCAUGUAAUAUUACAGUGGUUGUCAUAAGCAAUUCAGCUGUCUAAUAUAUGUGGAUCUCCAGUCUUACUUGAAUUAUCACAAUGCUAGAGA